CUUCUCUCAAUAACGUCAGAUAUUUUUGAGUAUCAAUUUGAGAACGGCAGAUCAUACCAUUCGAUGAGCGAAGGCAAAUAUGCGUAUCCGAAUGACGAUCGAGUAGAUCUUCAACAUCACCUGUGGUUGAUCACACUGGAUGGAGAAUUAGCAACAAGUCCUGGUAGGGAAACCGCAAGGCGAGUUCUGGAUUUGGGAACCGGCACUGGAAUCUGGGCGAUCGACUUUGCCGAUGCAUAUCCCGGCUCUGAGGUUAUCGGUGUCGACCUGAGCGCCAUUCAGCCUGAUCUAGUUCCUGCCAACUGCAGUUUUGAGAUAGAUGACCUCGAGCUCGACUGGCCUUGGGAACAACCCUUUGACUACAUCUUUAAUCGGUCCUGUGCGGGCAGUUGGUCAGACUUUCGGUCCAUGAUUCAAAGGGUAUACGAUCAUUUAGAGCCGGGCGGCUACUUCGAGGUUCAAGACCUCGAGCUCCCAUCUUACUGCGACGACGGUUCCGUGCCACUGGACGCCGCUCUCUAUCGCUGGCAACAUGCGCUCGUGGAUGCUUCAAAUGAGGUGGGUCGGCCUAUCAACUACGCUCUAGACUGUCUCGACGAUCUUCACAACGUCGGCUUUGUGGAGAUACGACACCAGAUCUACAAAUGGCCUUUCAACAACUGGCCCGACGACCCGAAGCUCAAAGAGGCCGGUCGAUGGAACUGCGCGAAUCUAGAUAUGGGCCUCGAGGCUUUCUCUUUGGGCUUACUGACGAGGGUCAAGGGCUGGACUCGGGAUGCCGUUGAGGAGUUGUGUGCAGAAGUCAAGAAGGAGGUGAAGGAUACGAGGCUGCAUGCCUACUGGAGGCAACACGUCAUUUAUGCUAGAAAGCCUCGGCAUCCAUCCAUAUAAUGGCACGGAUCUGAAAUAGCAUGUUUACACCUUGGCACUUCUCAGCGG